GACAUGCAUUAUGGGAUAUGCCGGCCUUCUUACCCCGACGCCAUUUUAGGUCAUAAAAGAGUUUGUUGGCACGUAAUAUAGUACAAUCUACAUUUCAGCAUGUUUAGGUUGGCAUUUCGUCGAUUUUCAACAGCAGUUAGGCCCAUUGUAACACAGAGACUCAACAAGCAGUCACUUGCUAUUGCUAGUGUGAGAAACUUUUCAGAAAAUCCAGAUGAAACAGAUGAGCAAUUUGAUGCCAGAUGGGAAGCAUAUUUCAACAAACCAGAUAUUGAUGAUUGGGAGCUUCGUAGAGGACUGAAUGAACUCCAUGGUCAUGAUUGUGUCCCAGAACCCAAGAUUAUUAUUGCUGCCUUGAAAGCCUGUCGUCGACUCAAUGAUAGUGCAAUGGCAAUACGUUUACUGGAAGCUGUUAAGUUCAAGGGAGGAGUAAGCGCAUCUGUGAUAUAUCCAUACGUUAUACAAGAAAUCAAACCAGCUUUAGAGGAACUUGGGAUCAGUACACCAGAGGAAUUGGGUCUAGAUAAACCUGCUUAUUAACAAGUAGAGGUGCCAUAUUGGAAAUCUUGUAAUAUAUUGUCAGGUUUGAAAAUCCAGUAUUUGGUGUACUCAGGAAAUCAAGCUCAUCCAUCAUCUAUGCGACUCUGACUGUAUUUGCUUUAUUCUGUUUUUGGUGUGCGCUAAUAGUUACAUGUGAUCAUCUGUAUUUUUACCAUGUGGCGCUUUAAAAUAGUUUAUUGUUGCCUGACUAAAACUCAAAUUACUGGUUGAUUCUAAAGAUAGUAUUCCUUCAUGGAAUGCAAAAUAUUUUAAUUGCAAUUGUACAACUUUUUUGUGAAAAAUUAAAAAUUAAUGCUGAUAUACUGAAG